AUGAAUUUCACAGAGAGAUUUGACCCAAAUCAGUUUAUUCAAUUAAAAACAGGAGACGAGAUCAUAGAUGAAUUUUAGGCUAACAUUAAUAGUGAUUCCACAACAGCAGAUGAAAAAGAGGACUUCAUCAAUGUAAGACCUAGUAUGUUUGGAUUUGGGGAAAAUUCGACAGAUCUUUUAUUAUCAGUUGAUGAAGCUUUUGAUUACUGUGGGGGUUUCGGUAGACAUUAAACAUUGCUAAUGAUCUUUAUGAUAUUCUCAAUGAAAUCAGCAGGCUUUUUCUUAAAUGCACUGAGCUUUCUUGAACUCUAGCCUGUCUAUGAAUGCUAGAAUUUGCACUCGGAUAUCUGGUAUAGAUGUUAGAAAAAAGUAUUUUGCUCAGAUUCUUCAGUGACUAAGAGAAUUGAUUGGAGUGAAUAAGAAUCUCUUGACAAUUUUAUCUCGCAAUUUCAUCUUGAAUGCUCUGAUUCUUUCUAUAUCGGAUUGAUUGGCUCAUUUUUCUUAGUUGGAAUCGUGCUAGGCUGCCUCACUCUUACAAGAUUAGGUGAUAUAUUAGGGAGGAAACCUAUAUUUAUUGUUGGAAUGUUAUUGCAAAUUACGGUCUGCUGUACUCUGGUCUUUAUAGAUAAUAUAUGGAUUGCCUACCUAAUGGUUGCUAUCAUGGGAGUUGCUUUAACUGGAAAGCAAUAUGUGGGUUAUACUUACCUCAUUGAAAACAUGCCUAAAAGUAAGCAGGUAAUUGUAGGAAGUUUUGAAUUUAUUUGUGAAGGUCUUGUUUUUCUUUCCGUUUGUGGUUAUUUCCUUUGGGUUAAUAAAAAUUGGAUAUACCUUUAAAUUCCUACCUUAGUUUUAUCUAUUUUGGGAACUGUUUACAUGAUUUUCCAGCCUGAAAGUCCUCGAUUCUUAGUAAGUAAGGGAAGAUUCGAUCAGGCAAGAACUUGUUUUAAUAUAAUUGCCAAGAGAAAUGGUAAAGGAGAAAACUAUGCUGAUUUAAUCAUAUUCAAGGAAGAAUUAGAAAUGAAUGGUUUGGAAUAAACAGCUUUUGAAAAAGAUUAAGAUCCACUAAAUACAAGCAUUACAUCAUAAAGUAGUCCAGAGGACAAGAGUUUAAAGCAAUUAUUCAAAAGAAAAGAUCUAAGGAGAAAUUUACUAUUUUCUACAGUUAUCUGGACAUCAAUCGUAUUCAAUUUUUUCCUGGUAUCAUUUUACUUGAAGUAUUUUCCAGGAAGUAUCUUUUUGAAUUGUAUUUACUUUGCUAUUGCAGAUAUUUUUGCUUACCUUUUAUCAGGACUAAUCAUCAAGUAUCUUAAUGCUUCAAAAGCAAUAAUUGUUGCCUAAGUUAUUUCAUCAAUAGGAGCACUAUUGUACUUGAUAUUAUUUACAAAUCAAGAUAUUGUUCCAGUAGUCAUUAUUCUAAGCAGAAUUGGAAAUUCAAUGUCAUUUAAUACAGUAUAUGUAACUAACAGUAGACUAUUCCCAACCUAUUUCUAAACCUCAACUUUCGGGUUACUAAACUUUAUAUCUCAUGUUCUCUCAAUAGGAGGACCCUUACUAGCUGAAGCAGCGGAUCCCUAUCCAUAUGCUGUUUUUCUAACUAAUGCAAUACUGGCACUUUUUUCUGGAUUUUUCAUUAAAGAGCUCUAUCACUCAAAAGCAGGUAUUGUUGUAGCACAUUGA